CAAGCCCACGGUUGGGUGUCAACUCUCUUCUCAACCAUCUGGCGAGACCAUUCAUUCACUUCUUUCGGCUUUUUUCGUUGUCUACAUUCAUCCGCUCACUCGCAUUUCCAUUGACUGGAGACUGUUUUGUUCCUAUCUCUUCUCUCCAUACCACUGUCCUUUCGAAGCCUCCGCUCUUUUCCGCUAGCCGGCCCUGUUCAACCUGACAGACACUCGACCUCGACCCGAUAUUUCCCAACAUCAGUUCGAAUAAACCAGUCGUCCAAGAUGUCUUCCCUGUCACUCAAGACCCUCCUGGCUGCUUUUGUCGGCCCCUCCCUGGUUGCUGCCCACGGACACGUCAAGAACAUCGUCGUGAACGGCCUUUCAUACCAGGCUUUCGACCCGUCAACCUUUCCCUACAUGCAGAACCCGCCCAAGGUCGCCGGGUGGACUGCGGCAAACACCGACAACGGAUUCGUCGGGCCAGAGUCCUUCGCCGCUGGCGACAUCAUCUGCCACAAGAGCGCCACCAACGCUGGGGGCCACGCCGUGGUUGCCGCUGGAGACAAAGUCUUUAUCCAGUGGGACACCUGGCCGGAGUCGCACAAGGGGCCCGUCAUUGACUAUCUGGCCAACUGCGGCGUGGCUGGCUGCGAGACAGUCGACAAGACCGCGCUCCAGUUCUUCAAGAUCGACGAGGUCGGCCUGGUCGACGGCACGACGGCGCCCGGGACCUGGGGGUCGGACCAGCUGAUCAAGAACAACAACUCAUGGCUCGUCGAGAUCCCUCCCACCAUUGCCCCGGGCUUCUACGUCCUGCGCCACGAGAUCAUCGCGCUGCACAGCGCCGGGCAGGCCAACGGCGCCCAGAACUACCCGCAGUGCUUCAACCUGCAAGUCACGGGCGGCGGCAGCGUCGCCCCCGCCGGCGUCAAGGGCAUGGCCCUGUAUACGGCCACGGACCCGGGCAUCCUCGUCAACAUCUACACCCCGCUCGCAAGCUACAAGAUCCCCGGCCCAGCCCUGAUCGGCGGCGCCGUCAAGAUCGCCCAGGGCUCGUCCGCCAUCACCGCGUCGGCCACCGCCAUCACCAGCUCGGCGGCGGCGUCGCCCGUCGUCGCCACCACCACCGCCGUCAAGCCCACGACGUCGUCCUCCACCAGCAGCAGCGCCGCCGCCGUGGCACCGACGACCGCUGCUUCGGUGCUAGCGACCACCAAGCCCGCCACGACAGCUGUUCCCCAGACGACCGCGGCUGCGGUGCCGGCGGCAACCACCAAGCCCGCCACUACCAGCAGCAGCUCGACUUCGAGCAAGCCUUCGACGCUUUCCACCUCCACCAAGGCCACGGCAAAAGUCCGCGUCCACCCGCGCGACAUUGCGGCCAGCUAG